GGUUUGGGUGUUUUUUUCUGUUUGUUCACACGUGUGUCGACCGAUUAAACUUAUAUCUUGUAUUUUGUCGCGCGUGCGUUGCCGAACGUUUAACGGCGACGCGUAAUUUCGUUGCUCAACCGGUUUUGUUGGCGACAGGACAGAAAGCUGAAGCGAGUAAUGUCGGGGGCCGACUGGCUGACAACAACAACAUCAACAUCAUCGACAGGGCGCGCUGCCGCGCCGUCAGCGUCGCGCCUUCCUCCGCUCCGCGCGCUUUAGUGGUGCGGCGGGAGUCGGGAUACACACUCCGUGCACGCCUCCCGCUCAGCGCGGUGCCGGGGCUCGCCGUGAUGGCCGAGGAGGAGCUCCAGCGGCGGCCCGGCCGCGGGGAGGAGCCGCUGGCCGGCCUGCUGUCCACCCUGCAGGGGGCCGAGGCCAGGACUCUGCAGAGCCGGAUCAACAACUCCAUCUGCAAAUCUGUACAAUCUAAAGUGGAGAGCAUUCUGCUAGAUGUCGAGAAGUUCUCAGACAUUGAAAAACUUUACCUCUACCUUAAGUUGCCAUCUGGUCCCAGCAGUAUCCCUGAUAAAAGUGACCAGAAUGGCCUGUCAUCGAGCCGCACACAGCAAACGCAUGCUUUCAGCUGGAUCCAGAGUCAUUUGGAGGAAUACCCAGAGACUUCGCUUCCAAAGCAGGAGGUUUAUGAUGAGUACAAGAGCUUCUGUGAUAAUCUCAAUUACCAUCCACUGAGUGCUGCAGACUUUGGAAAAAUGAUGAAGAAUGUAUUUCCCAACAUGAAGGCUCGUCGACUGGGCAUGAGAGGAAAAUCCAAAUAUUGCUACAGUGGACUAAGGAAAAGAGCAUUUGUUCACAUCCCAUCAUUACCCAGUCUGGAUCUCCGUAUAACAGGGGAUGGAUGUGAUGGACAAGAGUCCCCAGACCCAGCAAGUAGCAUAAGAGAAGUGCGACUUGCAGCCUGCGAUCUGGUGUGUGAAUGGGGCCAAAAGGUGCUGAAACGACAGUUUAACAGCGUAGAAGACUUGGCUCGCUUCUUAAUCAGCAGUCAUAAUAUCGGAAACAAAUCUUUGGCAGCGCUUACCGUAAUGGCCAGCAGCACAGCAACAGAGGUUAAAACUCCGCAGACUGUCUCAGCAUUUGUACCCACAGCUGAUGCCCAUUCUUUCCACCCGCAAGUGGCAAUGCUGUCUUCACCUUCAGUUGAUGCAAAGCAGCAGCUCCAGCGGAAGAUCCAGAGGAAGCAACAAGAGCAGAAGAUGCAUUCGCCCUUACCUGGCGAGGGCCACACAAAGAGUGCAGAUGAGAUGCUUCCAUCUGUUAGUCCAACAUCUCAGUCAUCACCACCAACCAUAAGCAUUGUGGUAGCAGCUGUGCCAAGCCCCAUCACGGUACAGAGGAGCAGGCAGCUGAUGCCUUCCAGUCCCGUGGCAACAGGAGAGAGCAAGGUGCUACCAAUUAACUUCCAGAUGCUGACACAGACCGUGAGGCAGAGCCCCCGAAAUGCACAAAAUAUUGUAACCUGUCCUUCGGGGGAGCGCACACUUCGGCAGCGCUAUCCACAAAUCCUGCCCAAACCUUCAUCUACAGCAGCUAUGGGUUUAUGCUCCCCUUCCACCAUGAUUAUUGCCAAAAGUCCCAUUAAGACUGUGAUGACUACAUGUCAUGUGUGCCCAACCAGCUUGGUCCAGAUGACAGCCAUGUCACUUGCAACCAACAGCAGCAAUACCACCACUUCCCUUGCCAGUACCAUGCUGCAACCCCCAUCUGGAAGGAUAAGCAGUUCUGAAGGUUUAGGAGGUGAGAGUUCUCGUUCUGCUGUCCCCAUCAUGACCCCCGUGGCCAGAAUGGGGUCUACAGACACCCAUCCCAUUGAUGUUGAAAUGGAAGUUGAGGCUAUUCACAACAACAGCCAAAUCCAAAAUCCUACCAGUGCCAUUUUAACAGGGGUAAUGACAAAUCGGGCUGGGGUGGGUAUGCAGAGAGCAGCCAGUGUGCCCAUACCUCAGAGUAAAAGCUUCAUGGGCCUGGAGGAAAGCAGUAACAUGAAUUGUAAUGGAAACCACUCCUCAAGCAUCAACUGUAUGACAGCUGUGAAAAUCAGUGAUAGCACUAAUGAAGAAAGUAUGUUGCACUUAACACCAUUCACAAAGAAUACCAGCCCCAUUUCUAUGCCAAACACCAGCAAAGAACCUUCUGAUGACAAUAAUAAGGAAAUGAUAGUAAAGGAAGGCUUCUUAUCAAUUAAGAAUACCAGAAAACGUUCAAGCAUCAGCCCAGAUGUGUCUCCAGUAAAGAGGGUUUUUAUCCCUCAACAGUCAGUAGAGAGCUCUGAUGACCUCAGUAGAGGUCAUAUGGUCAUCAACACCAGAUCACAAGCUUCAGCUAGACCCGAUAGUGCACCAAACUCCAGAGAAGUUGAAAGGAAAAUGAGCUCUGCCUUAUUCACUCCUGUCCAUCCACACUGUACUUCAUCUUUAACUGUUAGUGGUUUUCAUGCUGUUGCCAAUACACAGAGCUCACUGCAGAAGAAAAACACUUCCACCGUUAUGGUGACUAGCACCUCAAUCAGUCACGCAUUAGAACAGCAGCACACAGAAGCUAAUGUGUGCAACACACCUUAUAAUUUUGGCCUCCAUAAAUUGUCAGUUGUGAGUGACUAUAAAAAUUCCGUCUCAACUGUAGGAACCCUAGAAGGAGCUCAGGAACACACCUACACUCAGUCAGUUGGGCAAACGUCAUCUAGCCCUAUCAUAGAUGCUUUGGAAUUUUUAGAUAAGGCUUCAUCGUCCACCCAACUGCCUAUGCAGACCGAUAUGGACUACUUUCCCUUUGAUGAUGAUGUAACUCAGGACAGCAUUGUGGAGGAGCUAGUCCAGAUGGAAGAGCAGAUGAAACUUAACCUGCGCGACUGUGCUGCACUGCAAGGCCAACAUGUUGUAAAGCCUCAUGACAUAAUGUCCCCCAGUCAUGCUAGAACUGCAUUCUGCCAUGCUGCAAACAGCAACAUGUUCCAGACUCCAACCCCGACACCAACUCCCACACCUACAUCAGAAAUGGUCGGAGGAGCCCAAGGUUUAACCAGAGAGAGUCCCUGCUCCGGCAUUGCCUCCACAACCCCAGUAGAUAGUGCACUGGGAAGCAGUCGUCACACCCCGGUUGGGACUCCACACUCCAGCUGCAGCAGCACCGUUCCUUACAGUCCAGUGGAGUGCAGGAAUCCUUUUGCAUUUACACCUAUCAGCUCCAAUAUCACUGGUUUCCAUGAGAGCAGUGCUGUCUCUAGCAGUCCCAUCAAGCCAAUGCAGAGGCCAAUGGCAACUCACCCAAACAAGACCAGCCUGGAUUGGAUGAAUAGCAGUUACAGCAGCAGCAGCAAUGGAAGUUUAAACAAGUCAAACGGUGGGAUGGGGAUCCUCUCAAGCUAUCAAGGCCUGAUGAUAGACGACCACUUUCAAAAGCCACAUGCUUUCGCCGUCCCUCAUGCAAGGCACCAUGACAGCCAUUUUGGCCGCUUGACUCCCAUCUCCCCCGUGCAGCAACAGGUAGCUAACAUGGCCACUAUAAGUAAGCAGGAGGGCUUUGCAGUUCCUGCACCUCUUGAUAACAAAACCAUCAACACGAUACCUUUUAGAUGUCGUAGCGUAAGUCCAGCUGUACAUCAGAAGAACUUGUGUGGAAACAGCAACCUUCCCAUUAUACCCCGGUCAGUGGUGUCACCCUUUAAUUUUGCAGUGACGUCUGAGAUGUUAAACAUCUUUGCAAACAGCCAAACAAAUUUUGGUGUGAACAACGUGGCUCAGAGGAGCCGCUCUGUGCCUCUCAACAUUAUGAUGCAAACCAAAGUACUGCACACUCAGGGUCAGCAAUGCAGCAGCAAAAACCUCAAUGUAGCUGUGGGUAAGAUGGAUGGUGAACAUGAAGACACUGUGCCUGGGCUGGCCAUCAAUAAUUUACCCUCCAGCUACACUGCACAGAUGAAUCUUGCCCAGAUUCCUGAAAAUGACCCCAACCUCUCCUGCAGUGACGAUCACCUCGAUGCUUGCUCGAUGACCCCUAACACCACCAGCAUAGUCCCACCUCCAGAUUACCUGAAAGAAAAAGAUGUGGGUGAGCAGAUGGGUUUUGUGGCAGGUGAAAGCCACACGAGUACUGGAGAGCAGCAGGACCACACUAUGAUGCUUACCUUGAGCUCGCGACAGCAAGACAAACAGCAGCAGCAUCAAGAGUUGGACUUUAGCGCCACUGUUAAAGAUCUCCUAACUGAUUACAGUCUUGGUUCUGGCAACCAAAUCAUGGAACAGGUGUCAGGGAUAGCUACUGCUGGUCCAGACUAUCCAUAUGAGAUCAGAAUGGCAUCUGAGCUCUCCAGUAGCGUGAAUGACCUUAAUGCUCUGGACACAAACCUUCUGUUUGAUCCCAGCCAGCAGCAGGGGCAGUAUCAAGCUGCUGCUCCUGAGGAGUUGGUUAACGAUUCCCUCUUUCAACAAAUUACCAAUGACACAGCACAUUCAAGUGCUCUAGACUGGCUGGAAAACAAAGAUCAUCCAACCAUUGGCUUGAUGGGUUGAGUAAUGUUUUUUAUAUAUGUUAAAAUAACUAUUAGUGGUUGCUUUUUGUUUUAUUUUUAUUUAGGCAUUAACAUUUUAUUAUAUAACACAGCACUGGACAUCAUUUCUCCGUUCUCAGUGUCAGUCUGAGGGGAAAUUAUGCUGCAACUCUGAUUACAAAAUGCUGGUCAUUUCCCUUUUAUCAGAGAGCAUCAAUGCAUUGUUUGAGAAGAGCUUUUCAACAGCUACUGAAAAAAGAAAUCUCAUCCAAAUAAUCAUUGUGUUUGUGUAUCCUAUUUUUGGGUGUCUCACUUUUACACUGAAAUAUUCAGUGAUUUAAAGAAAAACUCACAAAGCCAAAGAUCAUGUAAUGCAAUUUGGAAAUUUCAUACUUGAUAUAUUUGGGCAACAUAUGAUUAGCAAGUCAUUUAUAAGUGUUUUUGUUUUUAUGAGUCAAAUGUGCAAAACUAAAAAAAAAGUCUAAUGCUUCACUAAUAAUGUCAUAAUAGGGAGUUUAGCUCUCAGGAUAAGCAGGUGAAUAAGCUUAGUAAUGCUGCAAAUGAACUUUCUUCAAGCAUAGUGCAGGGGUUGGGAUGUUCUUGGGUACAUACACUAAAAUGAUAGAAAAUUGGCCUUUCAUCUUCUCAUUUAGUAACAGAUUGUAUAAACACUCUUAAAAUACACCUGAUCUGUAAUUUUCAGUGCAACGUCUUCCUGGUUGUCAUCCCUGCAUCUUCUAAACAUUGAAUUUGUGUUUUUGUAUUUGAGUCUUUCACAAAGCUUUGCAGACGUUGGCCCUCUCAUAAUAUGCCUACAAAUUGAGAAGUACAAUAUUUACACAGAACAACUUAUUAGUU